GGACGUGGAGGAUUAAAAUGGCUGCGAAAGACCAGGUCGAGAGUUGGACCGAGGAGGCAGUUUGUCCCAUCUGCCUGGAUUUCUUCACCGAUCCGGUUAUACUGGAGUGCGGGCACAACUUCUGCCGCUCCUGUAUCACACAGAGUUGGGACAGGGAGGUGAGAAACUCCUGCCCGGAAUGUAGAGAGGUGUUUACAGACCGCACCCUCAGGGUGAAUCGGGCCUUGGCGAGACUGUCUGAGAAAGCUCGAACACUGAGCCUGAAUCGUACAGAGAAGGAAAGUAAACUUCAGUGCGAGGAACAUCAGGAAGAACUGAAGCUGUUUUGUGAAACUGACAAGAAGCUGAUCUGUGUGAUUUGUCGAGAUGCGCGGGAACACAGAGAUCACCGCUUCAUGCCGGUUAAAGAAGCUGUCGAAACCUACAAGGAUCAGGCGAAAUCUUCCAUCCAGUCUCUCACAAAAAAGAAAUCAGGGAUCCAAUGGCAGCAAAGCCACGUGGUGCGACCACAGACCAGCUGUAACUUUGAGAAUUAA